UGUGAUCGUCCACCGUCGUCACCGCAACCAUCAGUUGACCGUCUCUCGGUGACCUGGGCCGACCCCAGCAGUAUGACUUCUUCUGGCGUCAACUUAUUCCAUCUACCAUCCGAGACACCGAUUAGCAAUGAAGUCAAGUUUUCACCGACGGCCGGGGAAGUAUCAGAAGACGAGGACUACUCGGCAAGUCUAAGCGCGGUAUUACGUCAGCGACGUGCGAGCGUGCGUCGGUCCCGCAAGGGUCGCAGCAGGAGACCAUCAUCUCCCUUUUUACCAGAUGAAACUCGAUCUCGACGACGUUCCUCGAUUUUUACCACUAGUUCCGGCGAUACAGCGAUUUCAAUUGAUGAAGUCCCACUGGUGACUCAAGAGCAGAUUUUCGAGAACAUUCAUCUUCACAAAGAAGUGCUCGGCUCUGUGAAGCAACAACCUUUGGGAAUGCGACGCAAACUGAAGAUUGUUCAUCAGGCAAAAGGAUAUAUAAAACGUCAUGAGGGUCAAUUACAGGAGAGACUUGCCCAAUCAAAGAGCACGCGUGAUAUCUACGCUCGUUUCAACAUAUUGAUAGCAACGAAAUGGCAGCAACUAAAACGGGAGGCGGCCAAUACGUCCAACUUGCUCAUACCUUGGGAACUACGCAUCAAGGAAAUCGAAUCACAUUUCGGAUCGGUUGUGGCAUCCUAUUUCACUUUCUUACGAUGGCUCUUUUGGGUGAACCUCGUCAUUGCCUUUAUUUUACUUGUGUUCGUGAUCACACCGGAGUAUCUAACAGCAAAUCCUUCUCAAGAUGGUGAAAGGAAAAUUAUUAUGGAAGAAGAACGUCGCAAUUCGACAAACCUACUCACAAUGUGGGAGUUUGAUGGGGUCCUGAAAUAUUCCCCUAUUUUCUACGGCUAUUACAGUAAUGUAGAAAGGCCAGAGUAUCGGAUGCCUCUCGCUUAUUUUCUGACUGGUUUGGUUGUAUACAUUUAUAGCUUCGUCGCUAUAUUGAGGAAAAUGGCGGAAAACUCAAGAAUGUCAAAACUAUCAGAAAAAGAAGAUGAAUGCAUAUUCUCAUGGAAGCUAUUCACCGGAUGGGAUUUUAUGAUAGGCAACGCAGAAACAGCUCAUAAUAGAAUUGCAUCUGUUAUUCUUGGAUUUAAAGAGGCAUUGCUGGAGGAAGCUGAGAAAAAGAAAGAUCCAAGAAACUGGCGUAUUAUAUCGUUACGAGCGCUCGUCAUUAUUUGCGUUAUCAUACUUCUUGGUCUAUCAGCAUACGUUGUUGUAACAGUCGUUACACGAUCAGAUGAUAAUUCUAAACCUCGAAGUUGGUUGAGAGAAAACGAGACAACUCUUGUAGUAACUGCAAUCUCACUUACCUUUCCAGUGUUCUUUGAUUUACUGGGUUUAUUAGAACACAAUCAUCCUCGAAAACAAUUAAGAUUACAAUUGGCAAGAAUUAUGUUAUUAAAUUUGCUCAAUCUUUACUCCCUAAUUUUUGCUCUGUUUAGCAAAAUUCAAGGAAUGAGCGCUGAAUUAGAUUCGUUACAACCAAGUUUUAAUAUGAAUACGUCGGUCAUGGCAGAAAACGCUAUUGAUAUAAAUAGAGCAUCCAUAAAUAUCAUCUCAAAAACUAAAAAGAAGUUACUAAAACUGUGCUGGGAAACAAUGUUUGGACAGGAGUUAGUAAAACUAACUGUUAUGGAUUUGGUGGUUGGUUUACUCGGAACAUUAUUUUUAGAUUUCUUUCGAGCUUUGUUUGUCCGGUAUAUGAACCAAUGUUGGUGCUGGGAUUUAGAAAAGAAAUUUCCUGAAUAUGGUGAUUUUAAAAUAGCCGAAAACAUACUGCAUUUAAUUAAUAAUCAGGGAAUGGUUUGGAUGGGAAUGUUUUUUUCUCCCGGUCUUGUUAUUUUAAAUGUUUUUAAACUAAUGACUUUAAUGUAUUUAAGAUCCUGGACCGUUAUGACUUGCAAUGUUCCACAUGCAGUUGUCUUUAGGGUAUCUAAAAGUAAUAACUUUUAUUUGGCCUUAUUACUAACAAUGCUUUUCCUGUGUGUGUUACCCGUUGGUUACACGAUCGUGUGGGUAAAACCUUCUUGGCAUUGUGGGCCAUUCUCAGAAUAUGAAAAAAUAUAUCACAUUUUAACUAACAAUAUUUACAAACUACUACCAAAAAGCUUAAAUUUUGCACUUGAAUAUAUUGCUUCACCCGCAAUAGUCAUUCCAUUACUUGUUCUUCUAAUACUCAUUAUAUAUUAUCUUACAUCGCUUACUAACUCGUUACGAGAGGCUAAUAAUGAUUUAAAGAUUCAAUUACGCCGUGAAAGAACAGAAGAAAGAAGAAAAAUGUUUCAACUAGCAGACACAAGGAGACGUACAGGAUCAUCUGCUGUUGAAAACACACCCUUUUCACGUUGGAAAAAAGCAUUACCAGCUCUCCCGCUUUCUAAAUCUAUUGACUCAGACGAUAGAAAAACAGCAGAUGAAAGUAAAGAGGAUUCCAAGAAUAUAAAACGUAAAGGUGGUAUAUUCGCAAAAAUUGUUGGGCUAGCACUAGAUAAAAAGCCUGAUGUGGAAAUUACGUUGCCAUCUUCAUAUACCGUCGAUGGCGAUAGUGAUCUCUACGAAACAUUGCCCAAAGAAAUAUUAAAAAUCAAAGAAACAACAGUUCCAAAAAUAUCAGACCAUAAGAAAAAGUCCAACGUCGAAUUCAAAUCAAACGACAGCGAUAUUGCGAAAUAUAAAAGUGAACAAGGUUGUCUGAAAGUUAAAAUUGAUAAACUAUGUGAACGUACAGAGAAGAAAGCUAUUUUGGAAAAAUUGAAAGAAGACAAAAUUAUAGAAGAAGAUUUAACAUCGCUUCCAUCCAAAACCAUAAUUAAAGAAUCUAACAGUAGAAAUGAGAGUAGAAAAAAAUCUUUCGAUACAAAACAAACUUCGGAGUCGAGUACAUAUUCAAGACAAUCAGAUUCUAUAAGUUCUGUUAUACCGGUAAUAACUAUUAGUACAACAGAAAGUGAUGAUGAACAAUUACAUUAUCCCAAAGUUGUAGGAGAGCACAAAAAGGAUAGAAAUAAUACAGAUUCAAAUCCAAAACAAGAAAUAUCUAAGACAAAUAGGAACUUGAUAUUAUAG